AUGCGAGUCCUCGCAAGGCUUGUGGAUCUGGUGCUCUCCUCGGCAUCCUCGGGUUCGAAGCCAGCACCGGCUCGCCAAGGCAUCAAGUUCACCAAGGAAGUGUUUGCCGUCGACGCGGGAGAAAUCUCCGGACAAGUGGCUACGGGGCGGGUCAGCGACAGCGACGAGUUCUGGGGAAACGCUCAAGCAGUCGUGGGAGCUCUGCCCUCCAUGCUUGGGAGUCUUGAGCGGAUGAUCGGCCAACAGCUGCUUCCAGAUUCGCUUUGCCUCUCUGCGGCUGCUGGCUCCGGGGUGCUAGAGGUGGCUGAAGACCUCUGCUCCGAAGCCGAGUCUGUGCUGGAGUCCUUGCAAGACCAGGAGACGACCCUCCCGGUGAAGCGAAGAAGACUUCAGGGCCUGAAGGAGAUCUGCAGCAGCUUCGGGUUUGUCCCACGCCCUGUGCACGACUCUUCCUUCGACGUCGCGGAUUUCUUCUGCUCCAUACUUCCCAUGCCGUUUGUGGCAGAGAAGUGCGAACGGAAAGUCGAGCAAGAAUCUGCAUCAGGCCGGCAAGAGGAGCCGCCUCCGAAGAAGCAGAGGCUGCGUCUGCGGUCCAAGCAGAACCUUGGCGACGCUGACCCUGUGCAGGUGCAAAAUCAGGUCUCUGAGGCUACAAGCUCUUUCCUUGAGGACUUCAAGACUGAGGUUGAGCAAGCCUGGGCGAGGACUGAGGACUUGAUGUACGAACUUCUGCAUUUGGCAUUGCGUCUGCAUUCCAUGAAGAGCCGACCAAAAGAUCUCACAGCCGGGGAGAUGCAGGUUUGGCUCGGCCUGGCCGCAGCUUCCAUCCAAGCCGUCCGAUGCCACCGCGAUCGCUGUGUGGCCUUUCAGAAUGCUGUGGUGAAUCUUGCUGACACUUGUGGUGCGGGCAUGACGGAUGUCUCCCUGAAGGUUCCGGGAGAUCUUCUGCGAAGGGUCUUCGUGCUGCUCGACCGGCUCUUGGAAGGUGCGCAUCAAGCACGGCUGCUGGGGAAGGCCGGCAAGGGCUCCUGUGACGAGAUGCAGAGUGCCAUCGGGAGCUUCGAGUCCACUCUGGCAUUUGUCCACCACUCAGCACCACUCCAGAGAUGCGCAGACUGUCUCCAGUCCCUGGCACCACGAGGCCGCUCCUCCAUCUUCGCAGCACGUCAAGGAGAGCGAAGCAACAACGGAGCCCGCUCUGAGCUUCGAGCCGAGUUUUGCAGAGAAGCUCUGGAGGAAAGCUUCCUGCGCAAACUCAUUGAGAAGGCAGGCGGUGCUCAGUCAAAGUACGUUGGCAAGCAGCUCUUUGCAGUGGAAAAUCCACAGGAAGCAACUCCAUCUGAAGAUGAUUUGCUGGCCGUGGAGCAGCCGGCCGAGCCUGCCAAGUCACGGCCUGCAAACGCGGCAGGACGAAGGCGACGGAAGCUGGCCAACGAGAGCAACGAGUGUUUCAGCCUGCGCGGGGUCCUGUGCUGCGCCGUUAGCUUCGGCUUGACCUUCUACCUGGGCGGAGUGCAGAUGGAGGUGUCGGUGCUCACCAGCCUUCCAGUUCCCCGAGCCAGUGAAGUCGAUCUGUCAAAGCUGCCGGCCAUGCCGAGUGCCCCGGCCUCGGAGGCGGAUCUACCGGUCCUGACAUCCUCUGCGCCAACGCAGGAGACUGGCUUGACAUCCAGCACUGCGCCAGCGACGGAAGAGCCAGCUAUGGCCGUCAGCUCAACGCCAUCCACCACGGUGCCAGUCGGAGAAAUUGGUUACGUGAUUCCCAGAAACGACCAGUGUCCUAAAGGCACGGAUCAGGUCAUGGACUUGCAGAUGUGCCUGGAGGCUGCAGCUUACCUGAAGAAGAAAUUGAUGUCAAGCUCCCCAUUUACUGCGGAGCAUGACCCGCCGGGCUGUAUUUACCGAUCUUCGGACCGAGACAUCUUCUUCAACGGUCAUCCGGAAGGAAGUCACAACCCGGAUCGACGGCCUGUCUGCCGAGGGGCCAUCGGCCUUUCCGGCAUCUCGCAGCAGAACAUAAAACCCAUUGCUGCCUGGGAUCAGGAUGUCGCGGUCGAGGUCCUAGCAAUGGACAAGCUGGCUGCUUCUCGCAUCCGCUUGUUCUGCUUUGCAUGGACGCCAUUUCGCCCGAGCGACGAGGCCAUUCAUCAGGUGUCAUGUGAUCAGCGAGAGCCGGGCAUGCCACUGGCAAGCAGUGACAAGCGCAUUCAGAGAUGGUCGGAAGCCGCUGCCGCUGCAGAGGCGGUGCUUCAAGAAGUGAGGACACAGUUCUCCAAGUGCGAUGGCCAUGCCUUCUUCAGUGAUCGUCAUCCACAUGGUGAGACGGAUGACGUGAUCAUUGUGAAAGUUCCGGAGCAGAGGGUGCCAAGGUAUCACCGCAACAUGGUCGGCUUGAUGCCCACAUGGACUCAUCUUCUGAAGACCGGAAUGGCAGAGGAGUACGACUGGGUGCUGAACGCAGAGCGUGGGCCUCGGCUGCCAGCAAGCUUCGCACAUCCUGCACGGUGCCGCUUGGGCAUUGUCAGCCGUUCGGCUGCAGACAGGAUCCCUGUAGGCUACCUUCAGAACUUGAGGAGCGGCUCCGGUAAAGAGCAGCUUGGCACCUCUUGGAUGGUCUUUAACAAGAAGAUGGUGACCUCAAUGCGUGAGCAGUGGAAGUUUCUCGGGGUCACGGAGAAAGAGAAAUCGGUUGGCGUCGGAUGCCCCCAGUUCAUGCGUGGGCGGCAGGAGAGUGGCCUGAACAUUGCUCUCAAGACAUCGUGCCGCUCCUUUCGCACGGACAUGUAUCCGAACAUGCUGGAGGGAGUAAUGCGAGGAGAUGCGGAGGCAGUUGGAAGAUCCGGCUGUGGUCAGCCAGAUGCCACCAACGGGCUUCUCCGUUGCGGGAGAGGUGUCCUCUUCCAGCUAGGCUGCUGGGAGAUGCAGAAGAAUCCGUUUGGCAUGUCGGAGGAAGGUGAAAUGGAUGCUAUUCGGGAAUUUGCCAUCAUCCAGGGCAUGAAGGACCAGCUGAAGAGCGAUCAAGGAGAAGCGCGGAAGCGGUAUGCCGGAACGGAUCAAGCCGACAAUGUGAAGCUUUGGUUUUCCGCCAAGAACGUUCCAGUCAUACACCACAUAGUGAGUGCCGAUGUCCACAAGCUGGCCCGUGAACUGCUAGACCCAGCGAGCGCGGCCAGCAAGCAGAUGGAUGAAGGACUCGCAAAUGCUGCAGGGCUGGUUCCUGCGUCGAUGGCAUCGUCAUUGAAACGAUCCUGUCAGGAUCUUGAGUCAAGCCUGUCGCAGCUACGGGCCUGCUUGCAGCCGCCCACGGCCCCUUCUGCAGACGCUUUGCGGCCUUUGCGCUUGCUCCUGCUGGCAGUGCAGCACGCCCGCGAGGCCUACAGCUCUGACCCAUCGAUUUCCAUCAAGGCCGCGACCAAGACGAACCGUGAAGAUACAGAGCAAGCGGAGGAAGUCCUUGCUGUGCCGCAGCUUGGACUUGGGCGUGAAAAGCACCUGAGGACUUUGUUGGAGAUUCUUCCACUGUCACAGAUCCAUGAUGCCCUUCGGCAGCAUCUAGAACAACUUCCAAGUUCAUCGGCAUCUCCGUUGGCACCCUUCACCAGGCAGAUCCUGCAGCUGUCCAGGGCUCUGCUACUGGGCGGGCUUCAGGCCUCCUUGGCAACGGCACAGGUUUCGUUUGAGCUUCUUCGGCUGGUCUGCUUCCUGAUGGAGAAGGGCCUCAACUCCAAAGAAGAAGAGGAGCAAGGGGAAGGUGAAGGCGAGGGCGGCACGGAGUGGCAGACUGGGACUGGCAUGGGCGAGGGCGAAGGCCUGAAGGAUGUUACAGACGAGAUUGAGGACGACGCUCAGCUCGAGGGAACUCGCAACGAGCAGCAGGAGCAGCAGCCUGAGCCCGAGCAGCCCAAGCCGAGCGAGGAUAAUGCCAGAGAGGUUGGGUUCGACUUAGACACGGAAGCGAAAGCCAUGCCACAGGAGGAAGAUGACAAGAAGCAAGAUGAGGAAAAGGAAAAUGAGGAGGAGCAAGACCUGGAUCGUCAACAAGGUGAUGUGGACCUUUCGAAGGGUGGCAUGCUUGAUGAGAAGUUAUGGAACGGAGAGGACGAGGACGACAAGGAAGAUGAUAAAGAUGGUGAUGAGCCUGAGGAGAAGGAGAAGGGACCCCAAGAGGACAUUGAGGCUCAUGGGGCGCAGGGCGAGGGCGAAGCUGAUACAACUGCGAAGGACGAGAACGACAGCAAGUCAAAGAAGCAGCCACCUUUGGAGGAUCAAAAGGACGACAAGGCCGAUGCCAAGGAGGCGCCGGAACAGGAUCCGCAGGAACCCGAGAAGACGGAGUUCGAAGACAAAGAUGCGCAGUUUGACGUCCAAAUGCCCCAAGGGAACGAUGGCGCGGACGGGGAAGGCGAAGGCGAAGGUGAAGGUGAGGGAGAAGGCCAGGGCGAAGGAGAAGGAGAUGCCGACUCAGACUUCAUCAAGUCCGACAUCGACAUGGACGGAGACGGGGAAGGUGGUGACGACGGCGAAGGAUCAGAAAGAAGCAAGUGUGAGGAGGAGAUUGGUGACUUGGAUGCUGCUGAUCCCGGAGUCCCUGAAGAGAAGCUUCCGGACGAUGCCGGCGCAGAAGAGCAGGAAGGAGUGAAACCCUGUGUGCAGGGAGAGCAGAGGCCCGAAGAGCAGCAAGAGCAACAGGAUCAGGAUGGUGAGAAGCCACAAAAUGUCGAUCCCUCGAAAGCGCAGAAGCCCGAGGAGAAGGCGAAGCCGCCCGAGCCGCUGAAGCAGGGAGAUCCUGGCGCGAACUCUGGCAAGGACACCACAGCACCCCAAAAGCAGCAGCAGGACGAGCAGAUGUUUGGAGGAAGCACAGGUGAAGCUGCCAACUUCGAGUCCCAGGCACAACAGGACGCGCAAGAAGCUUCUGCUGGAGAUGAACGAGGAGGCUCAACAGCCACUGCGACCGACUCAAAAGGCGACGCAGCCGAAAUGACCUCCGCCAAGCCGCAGAAGUCAAGCGCAGCCGACAAGAAGAAGUCUCCCGCAAAGCCGAGCCCUUCGGACACAGGGGCCAACGAGGAGCGCCGCCUCCAAAAGCUCGACAUCUUGCGAGAGGCUGACGGCGGAAACGAUGCCAUGGGCGACCAGCAGGAAGCUGGUGCCGAGCAAGGGCUGCACCUUGCAGAUCCGAAAAGCGGGCUGGAAGCCUUGGGUGAGUGCCAAGAUGCGGCGGGUGCAGAUCAGAAGGCGCUGGGUGCGGAUGGGCAGGCGGAGGAGGAGAGUGAGAACGAGGCUCCGGCGAUGGAGGAAGACACAGCAGGUCCAGAACAAAACAAGAUGCUGCCCAACAUGCGACUCCAGGAGAUGGAAGGUGCUCAAGCUCAAGAAGACCCAGGCAAACCCAGGGAUCCCUCGCAGAACGACGUCGACGACGCGAAGCUGGAGGCGACCGGUGACAACAUGGAUGUCGACGAUGAAGGUGAAGGUGGCUGGAGGAAGAGGUCUGAGCACGAAGCUAUGCAGCUCUGGGGUCAGCUGGAGAGAAGCACAGCGCCCUUGUCUGCCGCUCUUUGCGAACAGCUCAGGACGAUCCUGGAGCCGACUCUCAAAGGUCGUUUGCAGGGCUACUUUCGCACCGGAAAGCGGAUCUCGAUGAGACGCGUGAUCCCUUUCAUCGCCUCGAACUACCGCAGGGACAAGAUUUGGCUGAGACGGACGAAGCCCUCGAAACGGGAAUACCAGAUCGUUGUGGCCAUCGACAACUCUCGGAGCAUGAAAGAGUGCGGCGUCGGCCCCAAUGCGCUGCAGACGCUCUGCGUUCUGUGCCAGGCGUUGGCCCAACUCGAAGUGGGUGAGUAUGCUGUUCUCGCUUUUGGCAGCGCAACUCCACGCGUGCUUCUGCCUUUGGGCUCCGGGCAGCCGCACGCCAACAGCUUCAACUGGACGCAAGCCGGCCCUCUUCUCCGGGAGUUCACCUUCGAGGAAGAAUCUGUUCAGAGCCACAACCGGAGCCUGGCGGACCUGAUGCGUCUCAGCUCUGAGCUCUUCGACGAGCGCAACGGACCAAAUCCUGCGCGACCAUUCAGCCAGAUGAGCAUCAUCAUCUCAGAUGGCCGCUUCAACAAGAACAAAGUACGCCCAUGGGUUCAUGCUGCACUGGCUCGGCAGCAGCUGCCGCUGCUGAUCAUUGUGGAUGCAGAAUCUGAAACUCCGGCGGCGAACGCCUCGGGCUCCAAACGGAGCGUCUUCGACCUGCGUGCCGUGACCUAUGAGGGAGGCAACUGCCAGGUCGUUCCGUAUUUGUCCGACUUCCCAUUCCCCUACUACGUGGUCGUGCAGGACUUGCAGACAUUGCCAGCCAUUCUCAGUGACGUGAUGAAGCAGUGGUUCGAACUGGCAUCACAUGCCUGA